AUUAAAUGAGUGCAGCAACAAAAGGUUUGAUUGAAUUUGUAAAUCCAUGUAAUUUAGAUUAUCUAUUUAGAUAAAUUGCCAAAAUUUGUAAAAUAAGUUCAUUUACAAAUGAGAGAAAUAGAAGGAAGACAACCAUUUGGAUAGGGCUUAUAUCAUUGCAAUAAUUAUGAGAAUCUAAUAAAAAGACUCACUGAAACAAGACAACAAUAUAGAUAAUCAAAAGAAAUUGAAACUAGAAAAUAAUUAGCCUAACAAGAAUAUUAAGCUUGGACUAAUUAUAUCAAAGAACGUUGUCUAGAAUUACCACAAUAACAUUAAGUAACUGGAAAAUAAUUAAAUGAAUUGAGAAGAUCAUAUGAAGUGUUUAUUGCUAAAGGAGAGAACGGACUUAGACCAUCUGAAUUGCUCAAUGUUUUUAAUGUAUUUUUAAUAAUUUAUAUCAGGAUUACACAAGAGUUAAUUAAUUUACGAUACCACUAGAUAAUUGGUGUGUAUUAUAAAUGGUACAUUAUAGCAUGGGUUAUCCAAUGAAUAUGAAUAGAUUAUUAACAUUUGAAGAAAUAGCUACUUUAGUUUAAACAAAAGUUUUAGCUACUUAUGAAAGAUCUCUUGGUUAAGAUCUCUUAUUUAGAGAAAUUUGUUCAUAUGGUUAUUGGAACUUAUUUGAUCAAAGCAAAGGCUCUAUGAAUAUUAAGGACUUUAGUAAUUUUAUUAAGGUAUUCAUUAUAUUGAUAAUUUAUAGAUAUUUAAAUAUAAUGUUGAACCAACAUUAGGAGGAAUAUUAAAAGAGUUUGGAUUUGCAGCAAAUCUGUUUUAAGGAGAAUUUAUAAAAGAAAUUGAUCCUAAAGAAGACAUAGUGAGAUUCGAUUUCUUCAGAUAUUUAUUUUUAGAGAGAAAUUUGUGAUUAUUAUAAUAA